CUGAGACCUAUCAGACACGUUACUGAGACUUCUUCAUAGGGACUGAAGUGGUUGGGAGGAGAGGAAUAAAAGGGACAGCAGGGGAGCAAGUCUUUGCAGGGCUGGAGGAGCAAGCUCGCCAAGCCAUGAUGAAGAACAACUUUCCUGGAGCUCUUGGGGACCAAAGGACAGCCAUUCAUCCGCUGCAAGACCCCGACUCCAGCAGCAGUGGCAGUGAUGACGAGGAAACCACCCAGGAUGAAGUUUCUUCCCAUACAUCUGAGGAGGAUGGCUCAACAGUGAAAGUGAAGAAGGAAUUGGAGAACGCAGAACAACCUGCGGCUGAAACCCCGCAGAGGGAGAACGAGGUGCCUGAGAGCUUGAGUGCUGACCCCAUGCUGGGACUGUCACAGUGUCCCCUCUGCCAGCUGGAGUGUGGGAGCAGAGAGCGGCUCAUUGCCCACGUCUACCAGCACAGUGCAGCUGUGGUGAGCGCCAAGAGCUACGUGUGUCCCGUGUGCGGCAGAGCCCUCAGCUCACCAGGAUCCCUUGGGCGACAUCUCCUGAUCCACUCGGAGGACCAGCUGUCAAACUGUGCAGUGUGUGGAGCACGCUUCACCAGCCACGCCACGUUCCACAGUGAGAAGCUGCCAGAGGUGCUCAGUGCAGAUUGCCUGCCGGCACCGCAGAGCGAGGGCCCCCCCGGCGUGGAGGGGAAAGACAUUGCCUUUCACCCCCCUGUGUAUCCUGCAGGCAUCCUCCUAGUGUGCAACAACUGCGCUGCUUAUCGUAAGCUGCUGGAGGCACAGACGCCCGGCAUGCGGAAGUGGGCCCUUCGCCGGCAGAACGAGCCCCUGGAAGUGCGGCUGCAGCGUCUGGAGCGGGAGCGCAUGGCCAAGAAGAGCCGGCGGGACAAUGAGACACCCGAAGAGCGGGAGGUGAGGCGUAUGCGGGAUCGAGAAGCCAAGCGACUGCAGCGCAUGCAAGAGACAGACGAACAGCGGGCACGGCGGCUGCAGCGCGAAGCCAUGCGACUGAAACGCGCGAACGAGACCCCAGAGAAGCGACAGGCGCGGCUCAUCCGGGAGCGCGAGGCCAAGAGGCUCAAGCGGCGUCUGGAGAAAAUGGACAUGAUGCAGCCCGGCCGGUUCCCCCGUACCACAGGCCUGUCCCUGCUCUGCGGGCAGACCCUCCCUGGCGCCAAGGUGCCGCGGGCGCGGAACACGACCAGACCGCGCGCAUGCCGGGGCGGCAGCAGCCUGGAAGGACGCGAGGGACGAGUCCUGUCCUCCACGGCCAGACGCAAGCACCGCGGAAGGGCCCUGACCAUCAGCAUUUUAAGCCACACACGGAACACGUCCUGGGCCAAACUCUGUACAGAACGUGCACUCGUAGCCAUCUGA